AUGUCGGCAGAACCUUCGGUUAACAACAAUCGUCAACCUAACCCAUCAGUUAAUCCUGCUCGUCAUAGCGAACCUGUAAACUUAGGAGAUGACAUGAUCGAUUGGAUUGCCGUCCAAGUUGCGCAAAUCCUUGCCAACGCACAGGGAUGCGAACGUCAGUUUACAGAACAAUCAGGGCAAUCUGAGGGAAGCACUGCACCUACACCUACACCUACACCAACUCCACGAGAAGAACCUCGCCCGGAAAAGAAGGUAGAUGAUACGAAAGUAUCUAAAGCUAUAGAAACAGAAAUCUCUAAAGAAUGUAAUUACAAGACUUUCAUUUCAUGUAAUCCUCCUUCAUUCGACGGGAAGAAAGGUGCUAUUGAGGCACAUGAAUGGCUAAGUGAGGUAGAAGCCAUUCUAGACGUCAGUGAUUGCCAUGAAAGAAAUAAAGUUAGGUUUGCUGUUCAUUUGUUUAAAUCCGAAGCCUUAUGUUGGUGGAGGAUACAAAAGCAAACUAGAGGUGAUGAUCUGGCACAUCGCCUGAGUUGGAAGGAGUUUUCAGAACUGUUUACAAAUUACUUCUGUCCACCAAGCGAAACUGACAGAAUAGAAAAGGAAUUUUUGCAUCUUGAACUCGGGAAUAAGACAUACCGGGAAUAUGUCACCAAAUUCAAUGAAAUGUCUCGAAUAGUGUCUUACUUGGUGAACCCUGAAGAAAAUCGUAUUCGAAGAUUCCUGUGGGGACUCCCCACAGAAUAUCGCACGUUUAUCAAGUCUACCAAACCAACUACCUAUCAUGAUGCGGUAGAGGCUGGGGCAACUAUCGCCACUGAGAUCCAACAAAAGAAAACCCCAGAAACUAUCACGAAAAGUGUUGGACCAGAGCCACGUAAGUGUUUUAAAUGUGGAGAGACUGGCCACUAUAGUGAUAGCUGUCCUAAGAGGAAUGAGGAACCUAAUAAAGCAAGAGGGAGAGCUUUUGUUCUGAAUACUGAAGAGGCUCCUAGGAACCCUGAUGUCAUAACAGGUACAUUUCUCCUUAACAACUUUUAUGCUAAAAUACUAUUUGAUACUGGUGCUGAUAGAAGUUUUAUAUCUGAGCACUUUAGAGUUUUGAUUAAUCAGACUCCUUGCAAGCUAGAUAAGCCAUUUAUAGUAGAACUAGCAGAUGGGAGGGAAGAAGAAAUUGUGAGUGUGGUAAAGGAUUGUACCAUCCAGAUUAGUAAGACCCCAAUAUCCAUAGACUUACUACCACUGAAACUUGGAGAGUUCGACGUAGUAAUAGGAAUGGAUUGGUUAUCUAGUCACCAAGCUCAAAUAUUGUGUGAUAAGAAGCAAAUUCAAAUUAAGGACCCAAAAGGGGGAACUGUAACAAUUGAUGGGGAAAGACCUAGUAAACCCAUAAGUUUUAUUUCCAUGAUAAAAGUAUCCAAGUGUAUUCAAAAGGGUCAUUUAGCUUACCUAGUAUAUGCACUAGAGGCAAAGGAAGAAAAGAAACUAGAAGAGGUAGCAGUAGUGGCUGAAUUCCCUGAAGUAUUCCCUGAAGAUCUUCCCGGAUUACCACCUGACAGACAAAUUGAGUUUAGAAUCGACUUGAUCCCAGGAGCAACCCCUAUUGUCAAAGCCCCGUACCGCCUUGCCCCGACUGAAAUGAAAGAGUUAAGAAACCAACUCCAGGAGUUACUGGACAAAGGAUUCAUACAUGAUAUCCUAAUCUACUCUAAGAGUAGAGAAACACACGAGGGUCAUCUCCGUGCCAUUCUUAAGUUACUAAAAGAAGAAAAACUUUAUGCCAAGUUCAGUAAGUGUGAAUUCUGGACUAGGGAAGUCCAAUUUUUAGGGCAUGUUGUUAAUGAAAAAGGCAUACAAGUGGACCCUACAAAGAUUGAAGUAGUUAAGAAUUCGGAGGCACCAAGAAAUCCCACAGAAAUUCGACGUUUCCUAGGGCUAGCAGGGUAUUAUAGAAGGUUCAUUCAAGAUUUCUCUAAGAUAGCGAUGCCUCUAACGACACUGACUCAGAAAAAUACCCCAUUUGUCUGGGGCAGCCAACAAGAAGAAGCUUUUAAUCUUUUGAAAACAAAGUUAUCCAGUGCCCCAGUACUUGCAUUACCCGAGGGUACCGAAGAUUUUGUAGUAUAUUGUGAUGCUUCUCAUUAUGGACUAGGGUGUGUGUUGAUGCAAAGAGGCAAAGUUAUCGCCUAUGCAUCUCGACAGUUAAAGAUACAAGAAUAUUCGAGAUAA